AUGGGGAAAGGUGGCAAUCGACGACCGAAAGUUCCGGAGUGUGACUUAGAGCAUCUGCAAGAUGUCUUGGCCGACAUCGUGAAGGCCGAGUGCGGCUUGCACUUCAAGGGCUACCUGGGUGUGCUCAAGAGCCAGGCCAUCCUAGGGGCCGACCUUGUGGAGCAUGCCCAUAUGAUCAAGAAGUUGUCGGAAGUUCAGCCUACACUUCUGUUUCGCUACGGAGAUCUCAAGAUGAUCUUCGGUCGCAUUUGCAAUUCGUUCCCUGCCGUCAGGAACCAGUUUGCGGUGCACCAACAGGGGCAAGCACCCAACAAGUUGUCCGAGGCCUUGAUGACCUUGUGCACGCACACCCGCCGGCUGAAGGAUCCAGUUCGUUUUCGGGAAGCAAGUUCCUCCUUGCUUGACUGGCAAGUCCUGAAGCUUGAGGAGCUCCGGACUUUGGUGCGGGACAAUGUCGAGGACAAGCCCAGCAGCCCUAACAAGCAGAAGCCGAGCACCCCCAAGAAGACGAACAAGCAGCCAAGCACGCCCGAGAAGAAGAACAAGCAGAAGCCAAGCACGCCCGACAAGAAGAAGAAGAAGAAGCAGAAGCCAAGCACCCCCGUGAAGAUCUUGCCCGAGCACAGUGACGAAGAGAGCAUUGACACGCAGUGCUGCCUGGAGAUGGACAUCCCUGCUACCCAAGAGACCGACGGAAGUGACAUCAAUGCAAGCGACCUCCAGCAGGAAGCCGAUGCUUUGUCGCCAGUUCCUGCUCGGAAGAAGAACCUCAAGAAGCGCCUCCCCGCCAAGAGCAUGAAGGCCAUGAAGGUCAUGAAGGCCGUGAAGGUGACGAAGACAAUGAAAGCGAUGAAGGUUUGCAGGAAGCCAGCAGCCGCUCUGAAGCAGUGCUACAAGGACGAGGAGUUGUUUCUGAUGCCGUACGAGAAGCAUCCGAACAAGCCGGUGGCAAUCAGGGUCAGGGGGGGCAGACAGCUCCUGCAAGUUUCCGCUUUUCGCAGUGUGAAAGAGAACUCGAAGCAUGCUGCACGUCUUAUGAAGAAACUCAAGGGCGGCUGUACCUUGAAGGAGGUGCUGGAAAUGAAAAAGAAUCUCUGA